UGAAAAAAUAAAUGGCGGAUCAAAAAUUUUUCUAUGAAAGUGGGCUGUUAUUUCUGUGAAUAAAUCGUUGACUUUUAUUAUUAAAACAUGGAAAUCACUCGCACUACCCUAGGAAUUGCCGUUGGGAUAGCUGGUACCUUAUUCUUAGGAUACUGUGUGUAUUUUGAUCAACAACGUCGUAAGGAUCCCUUGUUCAAGAAAAAGUUAAGAGAACGUCGGCAAAAUGUUCAGAAGAAUACAACCCGUUCCCGCUCACUGGGAGGGCCACUGCCAGACAUGAGUGACCACGAAGCAAUGCAGAGGUUCUUCCUGCAACAGAUUCAGCUGGGUGAGGAGCUGCUAGCGGCGGGAGAUCUGGAGGCGGGAGUGGAGCACCUCGGACAGGCCGUCGCGGUAUGCGGUCAGACACAGCAGUUGCUUAGUGUUCUCCAACAAACCAUGCCAGCUCCAAUCUUCCACUUGCUCCUCAAGAAACUUCCAGAAGUGUCGGAGCGCCUUCGGGCUUCGAUGAAAGCCAGCGGCAACCAAUCCUUGCAAGAAGAGGACGUAGAGUAAUAUCCUGAAAUCUUCGAGUAACCGGAGAACACCUUACGAAACUCUGCCAAAGAAUCUGAUAAAACAUUUACACACAUCACAAUAGAAAAACUUGACUCACCGAGUUAGAGAAUUUAUUACUAAAGUAACUUGACCCCGAGCUUUAUGUGGUACCAAAAAAUCAACCUACAUUAGCGUAUGCCUGCUUACGGGUCAUGGCACUAACAAAUAAAAUUAAUUUCCUGUAAAAAUUCGUCAGCAAUCUGCAAUGGAGAUGUUAAUAAUUUAUUUAAACAAGUACAUAAAGCAUGGGUCUACGAAUUAAAAGCUGUUUGUAUUUUUAUCAAGUGUCUUUGGUAGGACUUUAUUGUUAAAUUUUAACUUUUGAUCUAUUUUGUUGUCGGUUUUAUUAAGUAUGAUUUUAAAGCUUCUUGUACAUUGCUGCGAUAUAGAACAGAUACACAAGAACAAUCAAACAUGCUUCUACAGCACCCGCUUAGGUUGUGGAUACUCUUUUACAAAUUUGAUCAUUUUGCAAGUACCGAAUUUGUUGUAAGUAGCUUGUGUUAAACUCAACAACAUUGUUGGGCUAUGUAGUUGAACGAGAAAUUACUAUUUUUAUAAUACGGUUUUAAGUGGUAAUUAUAUUAUGGUGAACAUAAUAUGUGACAUUGGAGGUGAUUGUCAGUUCUGCAUACAAUCAGAGUACCAAAGCAGUGUACCGUGGACUAUCGAACAAAUUGAUUACAUUGAAAGAAAGUGAUUGGAAUAAAAAUUAGAUCUUAUUUAAAGUAACUUGCUUCUAUCUUAUCCCAUAUGUACUUAAUUGAAUCAUAAUAUCAUUGUUUAUAUGACGAAUCUUAAUCGUUAUAACUUUUAAAGUUAUUUUUUGUUUAGUGUACGUAACAUAAUACGUACCAUUAACCAACAUCGAACGUGUGUUUUUGGUGAACACAUUUACACCGAGAUUUUUUUACGAUCUUCAGUACUUUGGGAUCGUGUGCGAAAAUAACUGUAACAUUUACGCCACAAAUUCGAAACGGGCGGAGGUGCGUUCUGCAGAACGUUCAAGGUUUGCGUGUACAUUGCGCGCAAACGUGUGUCUAGACACAAUGUGAACAUUGAACGCACCGCUGAAGGUACCACAGUUUCGAAUUUGUGUCGUAACCGUUUCUAAAAGAUUUUUUUUGUACAUCUACAGUAUUAGACGUAGUCAGUGUACAUGUGGCUUUAAAAUCAGGAAACAAACUUUUUACUUGAAUACCACAGACAAUAGAACUGAUUUGUGUUUAUGAUAAAGCCUUUUUCAUCUGCCGAUAACAUCUAUAUAUCCACAAUAAUUGGGUGGACAAAAAUCAUUAAAUUAUUCUAUUAUAUGUAUUUGUAUUAAAAGAGAAGGUUGGCAAUUUAUAUUUUGACUCUCGCGAUUUUUGAGAAGUUGUCCGUUGAAUUACAAAGCUAACAAUUACAUUAAAAGUCAAAACAAGUGCAACCUGAGACGCGAAAAAUCAUACUAGCCCAACCUGUGACGUGAUAAAUUAUUACUAGUGCAACCUGAGACGUGAUAAGUCAUUACUAGCGCAACCUGUGACGGGAAGUCAUUACUAGCGCAACUUGUAACGUUAAAAGUCAAGACUUCCUUGGGCAACCUUGUCAAGGCUUUCGAUAAAAAUAAAUUAGGGCCGCCAUUAAGGAGAAUAAUCAAAAAAGUAACUUGUUAGCCUUCUACUAUGGAGAUGUCAUUUUAAUUGAAAUUAUCGGUUUUCCUUUUCGUUUUUCUAAUGCUCGAUCUAGUGUUUUUUUUGCCAAGUUUUAAGUGUAUAUUUUCUCAAUUCUCAUUCAACUUUUCUUUGUGUUUUUUACAGAGUUCUAUGUUAUUAUAUUAUUUUUGUGGUCAAUAAGACGUAGAACUCGAAAUUACUUUGACAAAGUACUAUAGACCCCAUACUAUGUUAACCCCUUGUCACUUCUUACAAAAUCUAAAUGUUACUGUAAUUAUUCUUUCGUUUGCUUACAAAAUGGCGACAGCCAGAUAAUGCAAAUUAGAACAAUCGCCUUGGUAGUUAUUAAAGUUACUUUUUAGUAAAUAACGACUUUAAAUUAUAAUUAUUAAUGUAACAAAUAAUUUAAUCGCCCUCAAUUCAAAUAUGAAUAUAAAAAUGUUAAAAUUGAACCAAAUGCACAUUGGCUGUGAUUCAAAAUGUGCUUACAUGUCCGCCAUUUUGUAAAAUCGAUAUGAAGCAAUAAUGGUACGUCGAGAAUGCAAGUUCAAUAAUAAUAUAGAGUGUUUGUUAACGUUAUUAAAGUUUUGUUUUGUGUUCACAACUGGUUAAGGAUGCUUGUGAGUUUUGAUUGAGAUUUUAUUGUGAAAUAAUAGUAUU